UAUGAAACUGUGGUCGAGUGUGGGUGUUAGCGGCGUUGUGAGGAGUGAUCAUUCGUGUCGUUCGAACCCCUCCAGUGUGUUACGGUAAUGACAGCAAGACCAAUCUAUGCUAGUUGACAGUGCAUUGCUUUUUGUCUCGUGUGUUGUCAAGGAGGAAUAUUUACUGCAGAAGGAUAUCAAUAAAAAUAUCAGAAAAAGUUCCGAGGAACGCGGACCUGGUGUCGGAGAGCUGCUUUGUUGGAGAGCCUUAGGCGUGUUGAAGAGUCUCAGGCUUGUAGAAGAGGCUCUGGCAUGUAAAGAGCCUUUGGCGUGUUGGAAAGCCUCUGGUGUGUUGAAGAGCCUCAGGCGGGUUAAAGAGCCUCAUGCAUAGAAGAGGUUCAGAGGUAUAGAAGAAGCUCUGGCGUGUAGAAGAGCGUCAGGCGUGUUGAAGAGCGCGAGGCGUGUUGUGGCGUGGCCGAGGUGGCGUGGUGGUUGGCAUGAGAGGAGAGUGUGGUCCGCGCCACAGUGGACCACCCUCGCCCGACCAUGGCCCACAGACCAAGAUGGUGGUGUGGGUGAGCGGCGGGGGCCGUGCAGAGCAGCGGGGCGGGCCCACAGCUGACCUGACCCGGCGUGACCCCGCACCAUGAGGGCCCUCACCUACAGCUGGAUCGGUCUGUCGGCGGCCGCGCCCCUCAUCUUCCUCAUGUGCGCCUGGGUGCUGGGAGUCUUCCACUCGUACCGCCGCCAGUGGCGCUCCGUCGACCUCUUCCUGCUGGCGGUCUUCGUGCAGGAGCUGCUGAUGGCGCUGCAGGUCUUCGCCUACGCGCUGCUGAGCCUCGUGCGGCCCGAGUCUGCGGCCGCGUGCGGAGCCUUCGUGUGGAGCCUCAGCGCCACGAGGACGCUGCAGGCAGCCACUGUGGCCUCGCUGCUGGUGGACCGGGCGCUCACCAGCCAGUGGCCCUACAAGUACCGGUUCAGCGUCCGGCGUCACCAGAUCCGGUACCACCUGGCGGUGCUGGCCACCAUCGCCGCCCUCGUGGGCGUGGCCGCCAUCUUGGCGCGCCCCGCCGACGCGCCCGACACGUUCGAGCACUGCAACUUCCUGCCGCACGCCCUGCACGUGCGUCUCUCCCUGUUCGUGCUGAGCGUGUACGGGCUGCUGGUGGUGGCGGGCGGGGUGAGCGUGGGCGUGGUGCAGGCGGGGCGCGGGUGCGGCGAGCCCUCCCCCGCCCACUCCGACAUGGCGCCCAUCGCGGCCACCACCACGUCGUCCUCCAGCUCCUCCAGUGGCGGCCGCCAGGGUGCCGCCCUCCACGCCGCCGCCUCCACCGCCUCUACCACGUCCUCCACCGCCUCCUCGGCACGCCUGGGCGGCGUGCCUGGCGCCAUGCACGCCGCCUCCUCCACCUCUGACCUGGUGCCGCCGCCGCCGCCUCACAGGCCGCCGCCCGCGCUCCCCAGCAGGGGGCACAAGGCCGUGGGCGGCGGCAGGACCAGUGGCGCCGCCCGCACGCCCGCCUCGGACUUCCGCUGGGGCACUACCCUGGCAGUGGCGGCGCUGUGUUUCCUCGUCAACCACUUCCCCUACAUGGGGCUGACAGUGGUGGGGACCUUCCUGCCGGGGUACCUGCCGGGGUGGCCGGUGGAGAACAUGACUCUCUGGCUCUCCCUCGCCGAGGGCCUCCUCCUCCCGCUAGUCCUGGGCCUCGUCGACGCCACCUUCAGCGAGGCCGCCGGUUCCUCCUGCUCCAGGGACAAGCCACAACCACACAAGUAUGACGACGGCGAUGGGCCCUUCCGCUUGUUCCCGAAGGAGGAGGUGAAGUCGUUUCCCUUGACGAACGGCUCCCUCUUCUCUUCGCUUCUCAACAUGAACGUCGACAACCCCUCCCAGAUCCUCCCCUCCUACAGACGAGGGGGCGGAGCAGGGAUGAAGAUGGGCGUAUCGUCCCAAGAGAUACGCGGCCUUGUUGGGACGGGCCCGCCGCCACGCAUCAGGGAUCCUUACGGCCCGCCCUACUUCCCUAGGGAACCCACAGAGUCCUUAGGGUCGGCCACAACCAGCAGUCAAGACCCCAUCUACUCUGACCCUCUUUCUAAGGUUGGAAGCGUCGACAGCUCUAUGAAGGAGGACCACAUUUAUGCUACACUCUCAGAAACCUUUGGUUCCAUGUCAUCCCUAAGUGAUGGGUACCUUGGCGACGACCAGCGCUGCUCCUCCGUCACCACUGUAGCCAACGAUGACUUCGAGUUCCACGAUCCUCGCGCCAGGGUGACGCCGGAACCCGUCCGCUACACGGCAGAGGGCAACACCGCCCUGGCAGACGCUUGCGCCAUGACGGUCGCAAACCGUCCUCCGGCGAAGCUUCCGCCCGAAGCUCACCUUUCCGCCUCCGAGGACGUUUACCAUCUCUCUACCAACACUGAAUCCUCGACAACGUACUCCGUGGCAUCCUCCUUCAGGUCCUCGUGUUCCCAGGUCACUGCUACUAUUGAGAACAAUGACGUCAAUACCAUUAAAGAUGAUAAAAAAGACGACAGUGAAAGUCCACAGGAAAUUGGUUUUUACAACACUGGCUUUGAAUGUGACACAUUGGAAUUAAAAAAAGAAUAUUUCCGAGACCGUGGGCCAGUAGACAGCUUGGAUCUACGCUUGAGCAAAGAAAAAAAAGAGAAGGCAGGCGACGGAACACUGUCACGCAAGCAUCGCUCGUCUUCUCUGUCGAUGAAUGAUUUGGACCGCCUUGACCCUAACCCAGAUAAGGAAGAGGAAAUGAUGUUCAUUCUUCCUGUUAAGAGCGAGUCGAUGCUGAGUCUAUACCGUCUCUACCUGGCAGAGGACGAGGCGGGCACCAGCCUUCACUACUCCGUCGAGGUGUCACGAUCUGAGGGCGACUUGUCGGUUCUUGCUGCUGUCGAGAACAGCGUCAUCGGAGAGGGCAAGAGCGAGAGCGCUCUGCAUGAAGUCUACCAGAAGCGCCGGACACCGGAGACCGCUGGGAGCCGCGUCAAACGUCAGCACAAGAUCCAGCGUGCCAAGGGAAUGCAGCAGCGGGCCAGGAGGACUCCAGCAGUCGUCUCCGCCUCCAUCACUAGCCACGGCACCCCAACAACCAACAGCGGAAAUGGCAUGCAAGUGGCUGUCAUGGACAAGAUUCGUAGGAGAAACGGAAUAAUCACCAUUCAGGACCCAUCAGUGUUAUCCGUAGAGGAGCUGUUCCGUGUCCUGGACCGGGCAUCGUCCACGGCAGCCGUGCCGUACACAGACACGGGCGAUCGUACUCACUCCCCACUCCCGGUUCCCGUAACCCGACCAGAGCCAGACUUCAAGAAAAUAUUUGUGAGUGAAUACCUGUAAUUAUUGCAUUCGAGACAAGUUAAUAAGUGUACAUUCUUGGAUACAGACAAGUUCUCAACAGGAACAGUAGCAGACAAGGCCGAGUGGCACUGACACCGCGCAAAUAUUGAAACAAAAUAACAAGUAAUAUAUCAAUGAAAAUAUUAUAUACUGACACGUUAAAAAAGUUUGUGAAAACAUAUUGUGUAUAAUUGAUGCACAACGUUUGUGCUGUAAUAAAAAGUGAGGAAAUGUACGUAAAACGCUCAUAAAGGUACUUACUCUUCAUAAGUACAAACUGGAGGCGCCCAGCUUGUGGCACUGUAAACUGUCAGUGCACAACCUCAGUCCUGGCUGGUGAGGGCCACUGGCAGCCGUCCAAGCUAAACACUAAGGCCACACAAGACAAUAACAAGAGUAACGUGUUAUUAUCAUAAAACACUGGAGCAUGGCACAGUGACCCCAGGGUCAUGUAACACCAGAAUACGGACAUUGGUAGUCAGUUUGUUGUACCAUUUGAGCCAACUAACCCCACCUACUAGCCUACCUUCUUGAAAUCUCGCGUUCUCCAAAUCUUAAAGUGCUCGUAAAAUGUAUAUAAACUGCUGUAUAGUUGCUCCUCUUUAUAGCUAUUAAGUUCUCAGAUGUCCUUUUUUAUGAAAAUAUUGCGUUCAUGGUUAUUUACGGCUCAUAAUGUGUUUAUUAUUAUUAUUAUUAUUAUUAUUAUUAUUAUUAUUACAAUAUUGGUAAGAUGUGUACAUAUUAUAUUUGAUUACAAGCUCUGUAUCUUAAUAAAGUUAAUUGAUACUGCAUUAAGUAAAUGAUUCCUGGAUUAUACUCACUCUGAUCCAGGUGCGUCAGGGGUCCACAUGCUCCCUCCACUUGUCAGGGCCCCACAUGCUCCCUCCAAUUGUCUGGUGCCCAUAUGUUCCCUUCACUUGUCAGGGGGCCAUAUGUUCCCUCCACUUGAUGCCAGUGAUCUUACCCAUUUUCACUCAUACGAGGAAGGCUGUGAAAUGUAGGGAUUCUAUUUUACUGAUUUAAAUAUGAUUCGAAACAUUAGGUGAAGUCGAUAGUAAAUGUCAGAAGUCGAGCAUCGUGUCGUGUGCUUCAGAGUCUGGGUCAUCUUGCUACUUGAGCAUUUCUUCUCGAGACGGUUCUUUAGUCCUGUACUUUUUUGUCAUCUUGAAUUGCAUUUAAGCUAGUCCUUGAAACUAUUGAAGCUCGGACUAUCUCCUGAUAGUGGCCAUUAUUCUGUGCCGAUGGUGAGAUCAUUUUGUUCUAGUUUACGUCAUGAAACUGUCCGGUGGGAGACGAAGUUGUUAGACGUGAACAUAAGGCUACUUUGCACUUCUCAGACAUUCAUAAUUUGGAUCACCUAGACAAAGAAUUAUAUGAUAGAGAGGCUGUUUUAGUUUAUAUUUGACAGCCGAGACACCGUCUCCCUACAGGUCUCAAGGUCCGGGACCUUCAUCAACUUCAUCCUGGUAGGCAGACUUAACAGAUCAUGGAUGCUUUCUCAGCAGUUGAGAGGACAACUCUUUCAGUAACGGCAUGGAGGGAAACUCUCAGUCGUGGAGUGGAGGGAAACUCUCAGUCGUGGAGUGGAGGGAAACUCUCAGUCGUGGAGUGGAGGGAAACUCUCAGUCGUGGAGUAGAGGGAAACUCUCAGUCGUGGAGUGGAGGGACACACUGCACGUGGGAUCAUGAAGGAGACGUCACCGUCUCAGGAGUGUGUGCUGGGUGUCCUCACACCACACUACCGCAUGUGCAUGUGCGUUCAAAUCACUGCAUUUCAAUAUAUUUGUUAUCCUGUGAAUUUUUCUAAUUUUUAUAUAUAACUUAUUUACGAUAAAUGUUCCUUCGCAUGUAAUUCGAUUUUUGUAUGUGAACUUAUAUGUUAAACCACUGUACAAAAUAAAAUAAAUUUUCAGGUAUC